AUGUGCCCAAAAGGUCGCUGCACUUGGCGGGAUUCAGUUCGCGGGGAAACACGCACCGAGUCGUGGGGAUGCGAUCAAAGCGCUCGUGAGCGACGUGGUUGUAUCAGGACCUUGUGCUGAAGAUGUUGGUGCAGUCGUACCACUUUCGCCGCAAAAUAUUGAGAGCUCGUUGCCGCUCGACAUCAAGAAAGAAAAGAUGACAAGCACGUCAAGCACGACCUUCUUGUCAACAUCAUCUCCCAGUAUUUCUACCUGCAGCACGACAAGUCGUGCAGAAGACCAACAGCACACGACUAGCAGCAGCAUGGACGAGCAGGACGUCGGCCACGAUUCGGUUGCUAUUGAUGUCGCAAGAGCAGACAAAACAGUGGCUCGCGGAGGUAAAAGUUGCGAACAGGCUGGGGGAUCGACGAGCUCGGUCUCCUUGCAAGAGAGAGGACAACCUCCACACCUCGAAAUUAUAGCGGACCAAAUCGUCGCGAAGAAGAGGAAGACCACCGCGCUUGUUCCACCUGGUGGCAGCAAUUCUACAAGAAAUAAGCACCCUCCAAACAAGGCGGAGCGGUACCGCGCCUCCGGGUUUUCCACGAAACCGGAACAGGAGCUCUGGAUGGGCGGCAUUCCGCAGCGGUACGCGUCGGUCCGCCAACUCCGGCAGUUGAUCUGGGAAAAUCUAGUUACCGACGAAGAAAAGCGAUGGACGGUGCACGUAAAAAAACUCGUGAAGAAAGGGUACCGGAAAAACGCGGCGGAGCCCUGGACCGCUUUCGCGAUUCUGUACCAAAAGGAAAAAUAAUGUCCUCUCCCCAACAUUAUCAAGAUGGAAGUCUGUCGUGUUGCGGCGUUUGCUGUGUACACAAAUCGAACUUGUUGUCUCGCAGUAGAGAAUAGCGCACAAUAGAUCCUAAGCCCAGGCAGGGGUUUUUCAGUGUAGGCACCUAGCAUGGAGGCAGACGUGUGCUGUCCUCUAGGCCCGCCUUGCAGCAUUUUUACAAAUCGCCUGCAUAAAAGCGCAGCGGACUCUCAGCCUAUGCCUUUGCCUUCUUGUUUCAUGACAGACUCAGACAAAAUCUACGCCACAAAUGAUUUUCAGAAGGGUGCACGUGCAAUAAGGGGAGGGGGUUAUUUUCCUCACAAUAUUCUGGCACUCAAAACUAAGGCUGAGGCGGAGCGCGUAUUGGAAAUCUUGAAUAAUCGGGUGUUGGUGAAAGGAGAAGACCGGAUAGACGACGUAAAGGACGAGGAUUUCAAAUUCUUCCUGCGCGCAAGGCAAGUAACGAAACCGAUGACUUCUUCUGGGACUAAAACUAAUUUGCAAAAUGGAAAAGGAGAACAAGCAUCGACAACAUCCGAUACUUGGGGAAGGGGAAGCUAUAUUAAUGCCUCUGACGCCGACAAGAAAGAAGAUGCUACAACUUUUACACGGCCGCAGCCAGGCUCAGCAGGUGGAGAGCAACUCCAAGCCGAAGCUGUAGGCCUUGAAGAGAGCACAGAGACCUUCUCGCCAGAGCAUCAAGCUCCGUUAUACGCAGGGCAAUCACCACCGCUUUUCAACCGGUUGAUGGCUCUACCCUUAGAGCAACUGGUGGAACGCUGGCGAAUUCUUUCCGAGGUUAUUGAUGUUGAAGAUGUGGACAAGGUACAACAAGAUACAGAAGAUACGAACGGAGGAGCUGCGUCGUCUUCUUCUUCAUUGUCCGUCUGUAAAAGGAGCACCAAUUCUGGGGUCGAUGUUGCUCCCGUAGCGAAGAUGAAAACACAGACCACGACGAACAGUGGCUUAAAUGAUUUCGAUGCGUCCUUAUCCGCGCUGAUUUCGACGCUGAAACUUGAGCUGAAGACGGCGCUGGAUUUUGGCUCUUCACGAGGACCACGUGCAGGGACGACGAACGGGAUGAAAAAUACUUCUAUGAUCUCGACCAGCAACAGCAAGGGCCCGAUAGCCCGGGCACUCGCGAGAAUUCAAGAGUUUUGCGAAAGUAGAAAUUUGACUCUGAAAACAGUGCCUACGAGUACUCCAGACGAAGUAGCGGAUGGUUCUCCUCUCGGACAAAUAAAUCAACUACCCGACAGCCCCCACACCAGCUGCACUCUUUUCGCCACCCAGCACCUCACCGGCCGCUGUAUCCCCGAACCGCUUUGCACCAAGUUGCACGAAGAACUGAAAAGACUGCAGUGGCCGGUUCAGAAGCACCGGCAAAGACUGAAAUCAGACCACUACGCCGUCGUGUGGCGGGGCCGGCCGAGAGCGGAAUUUCAGCAGAUCUAUCCGCUGUUUGAGGAGUUGAUGGACUGGGCAGGAUAUCAACUGCAAAAAUGUCUAGGUCUGGAAUGUUGCCGGGUUUGUCAUGCAUAUUUUGCAUGACCCAGAAUGUCUGUAAUGCAUGACCUAGCAUCACAGAUUUUUAGAGGGCUUCCGGAUGCCUAAUCCGCAUGACAAAUGCCCUCCCCGCGUAGCGCAAACUAGACUCCUCCUGCUGAUCAUACAAUACAGAUUUUUCUAGAGUCCAGAGUUAGCAUCACAAGCUCCACCAAGCUUUCAGGCCCAGUCAUUUUUGGAUUUGAUACAGGAGAUAGGGAGCCUAGCCCUGGUCACCUCGUCGUCCCUUGGACGCACAUUGCAGUGACGAAAAACUUCAUUGGCAGCCCGCACAUCGACGAGUUCGAUCAGACAUUCCAGUUUUGCGCCAGUUUUGGCGACUUCGAAAACGGCGGCGAGCUCUGUGUUGAGGAUUGCAAUGUGGAAAGGUGGACUUGUAGAGAGAGGAGAAUAAAACUCCUGAAGGGAAAUAAUAGUACUAGAAAGCGCCAACUACAUGAAAAUCAGGAUGGACACGAAGAAGAAACUGACGAACGGAAUGAAGAUGACACCCCGUCCCCCAGCGUCAAUGAAGAAGAUGAAAACAUCAGACACUCUUCCGCUAGAAUUUCUUGUGCAAGAACUGCCCGUGAUGUUGAAGAUUUUUGUCGGAACAAUAUCAACGACGAUCCUCGCGGAGUAGAUGACCCUCCAAAUAAGCUUAAGCAUCAAGCUUUCUCCACACUCUACAUUUGCACGACCAAGAACCGCCUGGUCAAAGUGGAUGGGAGAUACGUCCACUUCGUGCGCGGCUACGACCAGCAGCCGAGUGACUGUGACGGUGGAGCAAAUAAAUUAUCUGGAGACCGGUACAGUUUGGUUUUCUACUGCUUGGACCCCAAGGGGUACACGCCGAAGCGGGGGGCCGUGGACUGGGAAUGGAUGGCAAGGUCUAGUAAAUCAUGAACGUCCUGCUCGUUUGCAAGAUUGUUUGAAACUGAAACGAGUUGUAUUUCGAUUUGUUCACCAGCGACUUCUGCGACCGGUUUGUUUACACAGCACAACUUGGUUGCAACGACACAUCAGUCCUUGUCCUGGUGCGGUUUAGUCAGGCACAGGGCACUCAUGAAGGAGAUUUUACUAACUUACGUCGUGCUUACUAAC